GACUUUGGAGCAAAAAUACUAGUAACUAUAAAGUCUUCCAUUGUCCUCUUGCUCUUUGCAGCUCCCAUCAUUUCCAUUUUUUUUACUUAGCUCUUAGCUCCAUAGAGAAAAUUAACCAGAAAUAAUGGCAGCUCUCCCACAAAACAGUACUAUACAACAUUUCACACACCCAAAGCAUACAUUAACAUUAUUUGAUUCCCACACCAAAUACUUAUGUGAUGGUUGCAAGAUUCAUGGCAUAGGGAAAAGAUAUCGCUGCCAUGGCUGCGAUUUUGACCUACAUGAACAUUGUGGAACAUGUCCAAUGAAUCUUUCUUCGUUCUUGCAUCCUGACCAUUCGCUCAAGCUUGUCGUCUGCAAGCAGCCACAUGGCAAUCGCCAAUUCAACCGCAUUUGCAAUGUUUGUUGUGAUUCUGUUGAAGGCAUGUAUUAUAGGUGUGAGCUUUGUGACUUCGAUGUCCACCCUCUCUGUACUCAGUUGCCUGAAACGCUGCGUCAUGCCCUACAUCAGGCACAUCCUUUAAGGCUUAUGGGCUCGGCUGAACCAGGAACCUGUGCUGUUUGUAGAGGAGCAUGUGGUGCUUCUUCAUGGCGUUACAGGUGUGCACUAUGUGGAUUUGAUAUUCAUAUAGGUUGUGUUCUAAUACAAUGUGAAAAGAGAACGACGACGGACCAAGGAAUCCCUACAUACGUUCCUCCGUCCGUGUUCCCUCAGCAGCAGUAUUUGGGUGGUUAUGCUUAUGCGGUUCCGUAUUGGCACCCUAACAACAUGACACAAUCUCAACCACAGCAGCAGUAUUUCGGUGGUUAUGCUUAUGCGGUUCCGUAUUGGCACCCUAACUACAUGCCACAAUCACAACCACAGCAUCAGAACCAUGGGCAGCCUCAGACUCAUUAUGGUGGUGGAGGAAUUGCGCAAGUAAUGUUUGAUCUGGUGAAAAGACUUGGGAUUGGGGUGUUCUCUAACAUGAUAUUUGGGACGGACCUAUCAUCAUUGUUUGCUGCUUGAUUCGACUUUACUUUCAGCUCAGUGGCGGAGCCAAAAUUUUCAUCAAUGGAAUUCAAAAUAUGAACGAGACAAAUAAGGAAAAACUGCAGGAUGAAAGACAGAGCGGGACAGGGAAGGGAAAGACUAACCUUAACCCACUAAAUUUGACUCGCCGUGUCAUGCCCCGUUUAGCAUUUCUCUCCUUCUUUUACCCUCGCUUUAUCGAGACUUCUUAAAAUUUCUUGUACUUUUUUUUUCUUUUACUUGUAGUGUUCUACUUUAUUUUAAACUUUUUUUUAUUCGGAAUUACUUUGAAAUCGUCAAAAUUCUUUAAAAAGGUGUAAGGAAUGAGUUACUAAUAUUGUAUAAUACAUAUUCAAAAGCUAAAUAAAUGGCAUUGC